AUGGCAAUGCUUACCCAAGAAAAGCUCAAGGAGAUGGAGGAGGAGAUGGAUCGGUUUGAGCAGGAAAUUCUUGCUCCUUCUGAUAAUGAACCAAGGAUGAUUAUUGGUGCAAACACUUACACCAAAGUCCAGGCCCAGUUAAAAAUGGCAUCUCACCCUGAAGAUUACCCUGCCAAUUCUGCUCCUCCUGGUGUAACUAAUGAAGCACAGAUGCCAACUUCUGUUUCAAACAUGGAAAUUCCACUUUCAGUGCUCUCUGCUCCUCCUCCACCUCCACCACCACCAUCAGGUCAACGCCCACUUGAUAAUCAAUUCACCCGAUUGCCUCCACCACCACCUCCACCACAGCCACCACCAAUGGCCCGACCAGCUCCAGCUUUCCUGCCUCAUCAGCUUCGGCACCGCCCUCCCAUGCCUCUACGGCACCCAAUGCAUAUGGGUCCUCGCCCAAGUUCUAAUGCUGCAGGUAUGUCUCACUUUCAGGCUCCUCCUCCUCCACCACCUAUGAUGGGAGGUAGUGGACCUGGAGCCCCACCACCUCAUCACAUGCCUGGCCCUAUGAUGAUGCCUCCACAGAGGCCGUUCAUGGCUGGACCUGCUGGAGCUAUGUACAACCCUGGUCAGCAGGCUCAGCAGGAAUCAAUGAUGACGCCAAAUAUCAACAUUGAAAAGCCAAAGGUUAUCUAUUCGGCACCCCCAACUUGUAAGAACCAGAAAAUUGAACCAACAAGGAUGUCUGACUCCCAUGUUGUUACCAUUGCUGGGCAGUCUUCAUCAGCAUCAGUUACAUCAACUGCCUCAGCAACUUCAGUCCCUUCUAACGUCAGCCAAUAUCAGUCCAAUGAACAGACGCACACUGUGACCAGUGAGGGCGGCACAGAAGAAGAGAUAAUGGGAGUGGAUGCCUCAAAUGACCCUGAUAGUUCAGGACAGCAGAAAAAAGAGAAGAAAGAAAAGAAAAGAAGAUAUGUACGUACAGCUGCUGGUCAGAUCUGGGAAGAUCACACUCUUUCUGAAUGGAUAACUGAUGACUUUCGAAUAUUCUGUGGGGAUCUUGGCAAUGAAGUUACUGAUGAAGUGUUAACUCGUGCAUUCUCGAAAUUUCCAUCCUUUGUCAAAGCCAAAGUUGUGAGAGAUAAGCGAAGCAACAAAACAAAGGGUUAUGGCUUUGUAAGUUUCCGAGAUCCAAAUGAUUUUGUGAGGGCCAUGCGAGAGAUGAAUGGAAAAUAUGUUGGCAAUCGUCCGAUCAAGCUGAGGAAAAGCUCUUGGAAAGAAAGAAACAUAGAAAUUGUUCGCAAAAAGGACAAAGAAAAGAAAAGAUUGGGUUUACGAUAA